AUGAUGGGCCCAAUCGAAGAUGAUGCCAAGGAGAACUAUGGAAUAUUUCGGGAGUGCGUGUCGAAAUCGAUCCUAAACCGUUCGAUAGAGAAAUCCAGCAUGGUUCGACGGAGGAGAAAUAGAAGAUCCAAUGCCAAAACCGGCUAUACGAAAGCUUCGUUUCCCGAAGAUAAUGAUCCCGCUGAAUUAGCAGAAUUCAUUGAUUUCAUUGCUCAGGAGAUAUUUAGCUCGUUCCCAAGAGAUGUACAGACUCUCUCUUUCAAUACCAUACAAUCAUCUUCUACUCUCGCAGAAACCUAUGCAGGAGGCAUUUCAGGAACUACCAUCGAAUUUUUAGCAUCAUUAGUCGAUCCGGCAGUCGCUGAGUCUCUGGUUACCUAUGGCUUGAUGUCAGAGCCAUCUGAUCUUACGACUGUCCUUUCUUCUGUUUUUAUGGAAUAUUCUUCCACCGUUACUGCUAAACCCCCUCCCUUCAGUGCCACGCGAUCCUCUGCCUGUGAGAUUUGUGAGCGGGAUUGGAUACCCCUAACCUACCACCACCUUAUACCCAAGGCUGUCCACGGCAAAGCUUUGAAGCGUGGGUGGCAUGAGGAGUGUGAUUUAAACCAAGUUGCUUGGCUCUGUCGUGCUUGCCAUAGCUACGUGCAUAGGAUGGCAUCUAAUGAGGAGCUGGCUAGAGAGUGGUACACAGUCGAGGCAAUACUGGACAGGGAUGACACUCAAGAAUGGGCGAAAUGGGCAGGUAGACUGCGCUGGAAAUCACGGUAG